AUGGUCGGCGGUCGGUCCCUUGAGGUAGCUGUGUCAUGGUCGGACCCGCCGGUGGGCAGGUCGCGGUACCGCUCCCUAGAGCUGUCCGGGGCUCACCCACGUACAUGCAGCGAGUCUGGCUCCUCCGCCGUCGUCGGCUCCUACACCAACGUCCAUAGUAAAAUGAACUACCGUAAUCUCAAGCACGAAAUAAACUAUGGCCACGUAGCGUGGGAGGGUUCUGCAGCAGAUAUGUGGGUACUGUGUUGGUGCUGUGAAAGUAGAGGGUUCACGAUUCCUGAAGAGGGAAAGCGAUACCACCUGAGCCAAUUUGAUGGAAAUGCACGGGUGCGUAGCCAUCGAGGAUUACCAAAAAAUGUAUACAAUCAUAGGCAUACACAAUUGAGAAAUGUCGUAGGAAAGGCCUUCGGCAUUUUGAAGAGGCGUUUCAAGGUUUUUCGGCAAGCGACUUCUUUUCCUUACAAAGUGCAGUGUCGCAUCACCCUAGCAUGCUGUGUGAUUUAUAACUUUAUCAAGAGGCAUCAAGAAAAUGACAUGUACUUCAAUAUGCUGAUGGAACCAUUUUCUCAAGAUGAUCAAGAUGAGGAUCCAAUGCCUUUGGUUGGGGUAGAUGAUUCACGAUGCGUUGAUGCGCUUCUCACUAUGAUAAUGAAUUAGUUAUGAAA